AUGCUCCUGGACAUCCUCAGCAGGCCGUCAUCGCCACCAAAGAGGCCUGGGACUACAGGGAGAAAGAAAGGUCUUCCCAACCCACAGGAGCUGCUCCACCCGACCUCGGCCCUGGCCCACGCCGAGCUUCUUCAGCAGAAGGCGUCCGCUCCAUCGCGUCAGCUGUGUCUGGGAGAGCUGGUGGUUCCAUUCGCCAGUGUAUCUGGCCAGAGAGGGUUUGAGCAUCACACCUUUCAGGAGAUGUGGGAGCUCUACAGCCAGUACCUCGCCCAGGAGGACCGGCCAGAGCAGGUCAGUGCUGAGCAGAGGGAGCUCACUCAGAAGGCCCACAGUUCUGUGAGGAGGUGGCUGCACACACCAGUGACCCACAUCACCAGCGUGCAGAUGAAGUGGUUCAGGAGGUUCAUCAAGGAGAAGGACCACGUUAGCACCAGGUGUGAUGUGUCAUCAUGGCCAAAUGAUGAGGCUGAACUGGUUGCUGCAAGCCAGGCUGUGGAAGACUUGCUCAACUCUGAAGAGGCUGCACGUCUGGGAAAGACGAGCAGCCAUUCCCAGGGUUCCUGUCCUACAGAAGGGACCAAGCAGCCGAAACAGCCUGAUCCCACUGUCCGGCAGAAACAGCCUGAGCCGCCAUACUGGGCGAGGUCUACAGUACAAGCGGAAGGGUGCGGAACAGCCCUCAGCAGUGGACUUAAAGGUGUCGCGGGUACAGAGUCUCCCAGUCUGUUCAUGCUGUGGACAAGCGACCCAGGGACAUAA